GCUCCAACAGCACCAUCUCUGGCAGGUGUUGUGUGCUCUAAAAUCACUCAGUAGGUUAAUUUUUUAGGGCGAUAGGCAGGUAGAGAUAUAGAAUUCUGCUUUCUUUAGCUUUUAAUUAUUAUUACUUUUUUUAAUGCCUUCAUGUUUGUACAAUUUAAGUCGACGCGGACCCCAGCGGAGCGGCGGUGAAUGAGGCGAACGUUGGGGUUCCCCUCUCUCUUUCUCUCUGAGCCAGACACUUUGCUUUACGGUAAAAUUUGGACAACUACUCCUUCAUCAUUCAGCUCAAAAGACGGAAAAGCCCCUACAUGUUGAACAUACUUCACCACCGACCGAGUCCUGAAUGAAAGAGGAGCCCUCCCCGACCGCCGCCAGGAUCCCCCCCAUCCUCCGUUCUCCCUGCACCCGGUGUUGGCAGCAGAAAAAUGAUAUGUUGAUGAUAUUUUCUGGAAGCGCUUUUGUUUUUCGUGUCGGGGUUUGCAUUAUGCGGAUCCUCGGGGACGCCGCGGAGUCCAGGCAAACGGACGUUUUUUGCUCCGCUUUGAAAAAAUGAGGAAGCGAUUUCAUAAAGACCCAGAAAAUGGCAAGAAGGUCUCGUCGUCCGUGGGCCCGGAUUUAAGCAGAAUGAGAAAGAAAGGGGCGAUGAAUGCAACGGCAGCAGCAGCGUGAAUAGUUUCUCACAGAAUGACACCGAGGGAGGUAAAACGGCGAUGAAGGAAGGCGAUCUGGACAAGUUUUGAGUCGCUCAUAAUGAACAGAAACACUUUACAGCUUCGUGUCAGAUCGUUUUCACCAUUCUGAGAGCUAUUUCCUUUCGUUUUUCUUCUUUUGGGAUUUUUCUAAUCCCUCCAUCCAUUAUUAUUUUUUUUUUACAUGUAAUAUAUAUUUUUUUUCUUUUUAUAUUUCGGAUCCGGAUUCAGCCCUGACUGUUCAAUGGAAGUAUGUUAUCAGUUGCCGGUUUUGCCUCUAGACAGGCCGGUUCCCAAGCAUGUCCUCAGCCGGAGGGGAGCCAUUAGUUUCAGCUCCAGCUCUUCCCUAUUCGGGGCUCCUGAUCCAAGACAGCUGUCACAGAGACGAGGGGCCAUCUCCUAUGACAGCUCAGACCAGACAGCGCUAUACAUUCGUAUGCUAGGAGCUUGUGUAGUGUUCAAACAGCUGUUUUCAAGAGAUGUGAGAGUAAGAAGUCAGGUUGGAUUUGAACCGGAACGACGAAGCUCCCACCCCUACCUUUGCAUAGACUUCCGAACUCUUCACACACGGCUCAGCUGCGGAUCUUUGUCGUCUGACUCCGGUACUGAAAAGAGGGUCCACAGGCUGCUCAGCUUCCAGAGAUACCUGCACUCGUCCCGUCUGCUGCGGGGAAUCCCUCAGCAGAUCCCCCUCCCCAUCCUGGACGAAGACUACAGCGGACAGGCUAGAUGCAUGUUGGAAAAAGUUGGCAACUGGAAUUUUGACAUUUUCCUAUUUGAUAAGUUGACAAACGGAAACAGCCUGAUCACCCUGACGAUCCACCUGCUGAACCAGUACGGCCUGGUGGACCUCUUCCAGCUGGAUAUGGUCAAACUCUGGAGGUUCCUGGUUCUGGUUCAGGAGGACUACCACAACGACAACCCAUAUCACAACUCUGUUCAUGCUGCAGAUGUCACACAAGCCAUGUACUGCUACCUACAGGAGCCCAUGCUUGCAAAGUCUCUAACAUCUUACGACAUCCUGCUGGGAAUCCUUGCGGCUGCCACACAUGACUUGGACCACCCUGGGGUCAACCAGCCUUUUCUCAUCAAGAGUGAUCACUAUUUAGCCACACUCUAUAGAAAUACCUCAGUUCUGGAAAACCACCACUGGAAAUCGGCAGUGGGUCUCCUGAGAGAGACCGGGCUGUUCUCUCAUCUGCCAGCUGAGGACAGCAUGAACAUGGAGAGGGAACUGGGCUCUUUGAUCCUGGCCACGGACAUCAGCCGACAGAACGACUACCUGUCCAGGUUCCGCACCCACCUGGACCAGGAAAGCCUGUGCUUAAGCAAUGCCAGCCAUCGUCACUUCGCCCUGCAGAUGGCUCUGAAGUGCGCAGACAUCUGUAACCCCUGCAGACCCUGGGAGCUGAGCAAACAGUGGAGCGAGAAAGUGACAGAGGAGUUUUUCCAACAGGGAGACAUCGAGAAGAAACACAAACUUGAAGUUAGCCCACUUUGUGACAGAGAGAAGAACACCAUCAGCAACAUCCAAAUAGGCUUUAUGACCUACGUUGCAGAGCCGCUGUUCGGAGAGUGGGCCCGUUUCUCCAACACCCGUCUGUCUCAGACCAUGCUGGGUCACAUGGGGCUGAACAAGGCCAGCUGGAGUGGCCUGCAGCAGGAGCAAACCAUCGUCUCUGAGGAGGCCGAGCUGAGCACGGCCAGUGAAGAAGCAGGAGGAAGCCGCUCCAAAGAAAUACCUCAGGGAAGCAGAGAAUCCUGACACUCGGUGUUUUUGCCCCCCACCCCUCCACUCUGAGGACAAGCAGAGCUCCCACUGCUGGCCUGACCUAAUUUGAACACCUUGUUGAUAUUUUGUUGCUUUGGCCUACAUCUUGAUAAACCACUGAUUUUUAUUUUAUUUUUUUGUAUUUAAUUUAUUUAAUUUUCUCUUUUUUUUUGGCAUAGAGCAAUACAUAGAUACCUCAUUUGGCAACUGCUGUAUUUCCUUUUCUUUUAUUUGCUUAGUUUUAUUUAUUUAAGGACUGUAUUUUAGGCAUAAUUGAUAAAAUAUGCCAGUUUUUGUUGUCGUUGUGCAACGUUAAGGUGAAAGCAGUAUAAACUGAAAGUUUUUUUUUUUUUUUUUUUUGGUAUUUUUUGAAGUGCCAAUUGAAAACAAAGAUUAAAAAAAAAACUGACAGACAGCUGGAGUAUUCAGACCCUCCUGAGACUUUCUGAGUAUGCCGUGUUGCAUCUGUACUAAAGAUUCUUCCUAAUGUAAAAGAAAAACAAAAAAAAAGAAAUGUGACAAGCCCAGUCCUUCUGCUGCCUCUGAGAAGACUGUUUACACAUCACCAUGUUUGUUGUACUCUUUCCACUUGAACUGAAGUGACUCCCGUUGGCUCCACAGCUUGCCUUUGAAGCACAGACGUACAAAACGAUGAGAACCACUCGUUCGAACUGUCGUCCCACUGUUGAAGCCAUGAGCUGAACUUUAUUCAAAACAAACCAGAUGCCAUAUUAACUCCACCUGUGCUAUAGUGUUGUUCCUGCACACCGGAUGAGGUCCAGCUUCGUCUCCUUGACCUCCGGUCCUGCAUCAUCCUCAGUCCUGAUCAACCACAGGGUGGUCCGAAUCUUAGAUCACACUUGGAUCUCCUCUCCAUGCAACUCCACUCGCUCAGGGUCUUACCAAUCUUUUAUUUUAUCCAGCGAACGAGGAGGUUGGCUACAUAAGAUGAAGGUUGCUUUUUUCCCCCCCUGUUGUUGGCUUGGAUAAGCCGAAGGAGACUCGCUCUGUGCAGAAUGUCUCUCACAGCCACAUGAAUCCCACCGGACUGCUCGACGGAUGCCUUAUAACUAUGCACAAACUAUGCUAAGUGACCAAACCGACUCCUGUUCCCAUCAAGUGCAUGGUGUGCUUGUUUUUUUUUUUUUUAAUGCACUGUCCCUUUGCCUUUUCUGUUGUAAGGAACAACUCCAGUUUCUUUUUUCUUCUUUUAGUGCAAAUACAGAAACAGUCGAGUGAAUUGAAAAACAUUCCAUUCCUUUUAGUUUGUCGGGUUUUCUCUGUUUUUGGUCAUGUACAGUGGCACAGGUCGUGUUUGUGUUGAAACGUUUUGGAAUGAUAACAGGUGCUUUUCUUACUUUAGCUGAUUUGUAUUUUGCUGUAAAGUGCUGUAAGACUGUUGAUACAACUGUUUACAAUUUGUUGCGACAGCCAUUUUUUGGGAAGACUUCAGUGUCGAGCCAGAUUUUUUUGUAAAGGCUUUGCUGUAUUGACCUUUUUGAUACAUGCCUGUUGCAGUUACCAUUUGAGUAAUAAAACCUGUUGUUGAAUUUUC